UUCAUAUUUAUUUUGAGAGACGUGUAUUCCUUUAGCAGCAGUAACAAAAAUUUCCGAAAAAUUCUCAGUUUUUUUGUAAAUUGUAUAUUUUCAGUAAUAAAAAAAAAAGAAAUGGAAGCCGCGUACAUGAUUGCCAUGCUGAUUUCGAUCUUUUGCCAUGCCAUAGGGCUCUUCUACAAUCCCGUGGAAUCGAGUGCGGAAUCGACCGUGUUCUUAAUCGUCGCCAUCAUGUUCCUGCAUAAAUUAAAGUUGAAGCACGGCGCAAGUUGUCCGAACGUAAGCCAGAUGGGUCAGGCGGGGUUAAUCCUCGAGGUGGCGGCUCUUUGCCUGGCGCUCCAGGUGCUUCUGGUGGCCAUGUGGUUCCCCGCCUUCCGCAUCCUGAAACUCUUCGUGGAUGCAAUCUGCAAUACCCUGCAAGACUUUCUCAGCGACGAACGAGCCUGGCUGGUGGAGAAAAUCAACAAUUCUGCGGUGACUGUGGCCCUGCUCUCCGCGGAAUCGGUUGUGUUGCUCAGGGGCUUGGAGAUCGACGACGUGCAGAAGGUUUUCGGCAGCAAGGAGGACUGCCUGUCACCCAGUGAGCUGUCCCUCGUAAACAAGGAGGAGCUGAAGGUCCUGCGCCGGGAGGCCAAGUUAAUAAGGUAGAGCUUCCUGGAAUCUGGAUGGGAUUUACAUACCAAAUGGCAUUUGAAUUCCAUGAGCCAAUGGUAGCCGGCUAAAAAAACUAGUUAAAUAAAUGUCUUAAUAAUUUGUAAA